AUGAAGAUCGAAUUUGCCCCGCUGAACAUCCCGCUGCGGAGGAGACUGCAGACAGCCGCGACCCUGCAGUGGAUCUUCUCCUUCCUGGCCUUAGCUCAGUGCUGUCUGGCUGCCUUCGUCCUCCUGGCUCUCUCUGAUUGGUGGAUGGUGGCCCUGCUCUAUGCUGGUUGGCUGUGGUUGGACUGGGACACGCCCAGUAGCGGAGGUCGGAGGUCACAGUGGGUUCGCAGCUGGACGGUGUGGGACCACUUCAGGGACUACUUCCCCAUCAGGCUCGUUAAAACAGUCGAUCUGGAUCCAAAGAAAAACUACAUCUUCGGAUUUCAUCCACAUGGUGUGCUGGUGGCGGGGGGGUUUGGGAACUUCUGCACCGAGGCGACGGGUUUCUCUCGUCUGUUUCCUGGACUUAAGUCUCACCUGCUGAUGCUGCCAUUCUGGUUCAGAGUCCCGCUCUUCAGAGACUACAUCAUGUGUGGAGGCCUGGUGUCUAGCUGUAAGUCCAGCCUGUCGUACCUCGUCAGUCGUCCUGAAGGAGGUAAUGUCGCUGUCAUCGCGGUCGGUGGAGCUCCAGAGGCUCUGGACGCUCGACCAGGUGCUCUGACUCUACAGGUCAGAAACAGGAAGGGCUUCAUCAAACUGGCUCUCAAACAUGGAGCUCAGCUGGUUCCUGUCUUUUCUUUUGGAGAAAACGAGUUGUUUGAUCAGAUGGAGAAUCCCACCGGCUCUCCUCUGAGGAAGCUGCAGAACCGGCUGCAAAGCAUCAUGGGAGUAGCAAUGCCUUUGUUUCACGCCAGAGGAGUUUUCCAGUACAGCUUCGGACUGAUGCCCUACAGGAAGCCCAUUCAAACAGUCGUGGGGAAGCCGAUCUCGGUCGUCCAGACUCCGAGUCCCAGCAGUGAAGACAUCGAGUGUCUUCAUAAAGUUUACCUGCAGAGUCUGACUGAGCUGUUCGAGCAGCACAAACAAACCUACGGCCUCACCGAAGACCAGCACCUCACCUUCAUAUGAGCUGUUCAUAACCUGCCUAUGUUUAUAUCCUGCC